GGAGUAAAACAUAUGGGAAAAUAGAGGACAGCUCAGAGCAUAGAUCUCAAACCAGAAUCCAGCUAUGCUCAUUUUGCCUUUUGGACUACCUCUCUCUCCUCUUUUCACUUUCUCUCUCCUCUUUCUCUCUCUAUCUAUCUCUCUGUCACUCCCCACUCAGCUUUGAACACCAAAACCAAACCGCCCCUUUCACCAUCACUGUUACCAUCAUCUCGCCCUUCCCCACCACUGCCAUUUUCAAACUCUUUUCAUUUUUUUAACCCUAAAAUACAAAGGUUAAGGUAAUCUAAUUCUCUAUUCAAUCAUCAUCAUAGUCCAGGAGCUGAGUUCAACAAAGAAAUUUCUGAAAGCAAGUGUCGGAAUUGGCAAUUGAGUUCCGAGAUUCAAUUCGAUUUCCUUACGCUGGCCAGUUGAUCAAUUCUAUCAGCUCUGUAUGUACUGAAAUUGCAUGUCCAUUGUGGACGAGGCUACGGAUCACUUCUAAGAUAAGUAAGUAUCAGUCGGAUGAUUCAAAUAUGAAUCUGAUUUGUUGAUUCAUUAUCGACAGCAGUGUUCCUAGGGAGCAGAAAUAAAAUUUGGUCUCGCUUCAUUCUUGACCCGUCAUGUGUUAAUAAAUAUCAUUGCAUCUUACUGUAUGCGGUGGUCAUGCGUCCACUGAAAAGUCAGUAUCCUAUCUGCUGGUGGAUUUUCUGUGGAUAUCUAUGGGUAUAUGUGCUAUCUCACAGCUUGGGAUGGACUAAAGAACAGGCCUCCAAGUUGAAAGGAGUAUCGGCUCUUCAUCUUUCUCAAGCCGAUGCCAUUAUUGGAUUUCAAGAAUCAAGAUUUUCAAGCAAUGGUUCUGUUACUUGCGAGGACUUGAAGGGUGUUGGAUCAUUUGAUACUACCUGUUUGCUCAAUUCAGACCUCUAUAGUACUACCGAUAUUUAUGUAGUCGGGGCUGGAAACCUAGAGAUUCUUCCUAAUGUAGAAAUUGUUUGCCCAAUAGAAGGCUGUACGAUAAGUUUCAAUUUAUCUGGCAAUGCCAAAGUUGGUCAAAAUGCAGCUAUAGUUGCUGGCACUGUUGUUUUUUCUGCUGCCAGUCUGACUAUGGGGCCUAAUUCUUCUCUCAAUACAUCAGCAUUGGGUGGAUCACCGCCACCUCAGACUAGUGGAACACCUGUUGGCUAUGAUGGAGCCGGUGGAGGGCAUGGUGGCCGUGGUGCAUCCUGUCUGAAAACUAAUCAAACAAACUUCUGGGGUGGUGAUGUUUAUGCAUGGUCUACUCUGUCUUACCCAUAUGCUUAUGGUAGCAAGGGUGGUCGCACGUCUGAUGGUGGUAAAUUUGGGGGAAUUGGCGGUGGACGUGUGUUUCUUAAUAUAACAGAUGUUCUCUAUAUAAAUGGAUCUGUAUCCGCAAAAGGUGGGGAUGGAGGAACACUCGGGGGUGGGGGAUCUGGUGGAAGUAUCAUCAUACGAGCUCAGAAGCUGAGGGGCUUUGGUGUCAUAAGUGCAGCUGGUGGGAAGGGAUGGGGUGGAGGUGGAGGUGGCAGGAUAUCAAUGAACUGUUACAGCAAGCAAGAAGACGUAAAAAUUACAGUGCACGGUGGAUUGAGUAUUGGAUGUUCUGGGAAUGCUGGAGCAGCUGGUACUUACUUUGAUGCAUCUGUGCUGAGUUUGCGAGUUGGCAAUGACAAUUUGACAACAGAAACAGAAACUCCAUUACUAGAUUUUUCUACUAGCCCUUUGUGGACGAAUGUUUAUGUGGAGAACAAUGCAAAAGUUUUAGUGCCUCUCCUGUGGACAAGAGUUCAGGUGAGAGGCCAGAUAAGCUUAUAUUGUAAAAGCAGCAUCAUUUUUGGACUGUCCGAAUAUCCAGUCUCAGAAUUUGAACUUGUCGCGGAAGAACUUCUGAUGAGUGAUUCAAUAAUAAAGGUUUAUGGAGCUUUUAGGAUGUCAGUCAAAAUGUUACUCAUGUUGAACUCCCAUAUCCAAGUUGAUGGUGGAGGAAAUGCUGAUGUUGCCAUUUCCGUCCUUGAAGUCAGAAAUCUUGUUGUUCUUAAGGACUACUCUGUCAUCAGUUCAAAUGCAAAUUUAGCUCUAUUCGGACAAGGACUUUUGAAGCUAACUGGCCAGGGUGAUGCAAUCAAAGGCCAGAGACUCUCGUUGUCACAGUUUUAUAAUAUUACCGUCGGCCCUGGCUCGUUACUGCAAGCUCCCUUGGAUGAUGAUGAAAGUAGAAGCUUGGUGACCGAAUCUCUAUGUGAGAGUCCAACAUGCCCAGUGGAUCUUGUAACUCCACCAGAUGAUUGUCAUGUUAAUUAUACACUGUCCUUCUCUAUGCAAGUUUGUCGUGUUGAGGAUAUUCUGGUGAAUGGAGUAAUUAAGGGAAGUAUCGUUCACAUCCACAGGUCAAGAACUGUCAUUGUAGACACUGGUGGCAUGAUAACAGCAUCAGAAUUAGGUUGCAGGACUGGUAUUGGUAUGGGAAACUACUCAAAUGGAGCUGGUGCUGGUGCUGGACAUGGAGGGAGAGGGGGGUCUGGAUUUUUCAAAGGAAAUUUGAGUGAAGGUGGUCAGAGAUAUGGGAGUGCUGAUCUUCCUUGUGAGCUAGGUAGUGGAACUGAGGAUCCUUAUCAGUCUGAUGGAUAUGUGGUUGGUGGUGGAAUUAUAGUGAUUGGAUCCAGACAAUGGCCACUCUUUAGACUGGAUAAUUAUGGGUUUAUCAGCGCUGAUGGCCAAAGUCGUGGCUUACAGACUCUUAAUAGUAACGAUACUCUCAUAGGUGGACUUGGUGGAGGUUCUGGUGGUACUAUCCUUCUUUUUCUUCAAUCUCUUGCACUUGCCGAGAAUUCCUCUUUAUCCGUUCUUGGAGGUUAUGGUGGCUCUUUGGGCGGUGGGGGUGGUGGAGGUGGAAGAAUUCAUUUUCAUUGGUCUAAGAUCGCUAGUGGAGAGGAAUAUGUUCCACUUGCAUUUGUCGAUGGUGCCAUCAACUUCAGUGGAGGUGCUGGGAGUGGAGAUGGUAUUCGUGGGGAGAAGGGCACGAUUACUGGGAAAAAGUGCCCCAAAGGCCUGUAUGGUACAUUCUGCACAGAAUGCCGUGUUGGAACGUAUAAAGAUGAGGAAGGAUCUGAUGUAGAUCUUUGCAAGGAUUGUUCCUUUGAGCGGCUUCCUACUCGUGCUAGGUUUGUGUAUGUAAGAGGUGGAGUCACCCAAUCAACUUGUCCCUACAAAUGUAUUUCUGAGAAAUAUAGGAUGCCGAAGUGCUAUACACCUUUCGAGGAGCUGAUAUACACAUUUGGAGGCCCAUGGCCUUUUACCUUUCUGUUGUUGUGUAUAGUCAUGCUCCUUGCUGUGGCAUUAAGUACUCUGAGGAUCAAAUUGAUGGGGUCAGGUUGCUCAUACGAGACAAAAAAUUCAAUGGAACAUCAAGAUGAUCAACGCUUUCCUUAUCUUCUUUCCUUAUCUGAGGUUCGUGGUGGCAAAUCAGAAGACACUCAGACUCAUGUACAUAGGAUGUAUUUUAUGGGUCCCAAUACUUUCAGAGAACCCUGGCAUCUGCCUUACUCACCUCCCGCAGCAAUAUUUGAGAUUGUGUACGAAGAUGCUUUCAACAGAUUCAUUGAUGAGAUCAACUCUGUUGCUGCAUAUGAAUGGUGGGAAGGGUCCGUACAUAGCAUACUUUUAUUGCUUGCAUAUCCUUGUGCCUGGUCCUGGAAACAAUGGCGUAGGAGAAAAAAGAUUCAUCGCCUUCAGGAGUUCGUCAAGUCUGAAUAUGACCAUUCUUGUCUGCGCUCUUGCAGAUCACGUGCUUUAUACAAAGGAAUGAAGGUUGGGGCAACACCUGACUUGAUGGUUUCUUAUAUAGAUUUUUUCCUUGGCGGUGAUGAGAAACGCAUAGAUAUUGUAAUCAGCAUCCAAAAGAGAUUUCCUAUGCCAAUUAUUUUUGGAGGGGAUGGAAGCUAUAUGUCUCCUUAUAAUCUGCAUAACGACACAUUAUUAGUGAAUCUCGUUGGGCAGCAUGUACCCGCAACUGUCUGGAACAGGUUGGUGGCUGGAUUAAAUGCUCAGUUGAGAACAGUGAGGCAUGGAUCUAUACGCACAGCUUUGCUUCCUGUUAUUAAUUGGCUGACUACUCAUGGAAACUCCCAACUCGAGUUUCACGAUGUAAAACUUGAACUUGGAUGGUUCCAAGCCACAUCUAGUGGGUAUUAUCAGCUGGGUAUUUUAGUGGUGGCUGGCGGCUGUACUCUUCAUGAUCUUCAUCAUUCAGAGUAUUUGGACAUUUGUGAUACAUCAUCCAGGAGCUCCGCGUCAGUGGCAGAAAAUAGUGCCAACCUUGAUGAAGAUAAUCAGAGUCACACAAGUCAUGUAUUAUCCCGUAAAAAGAUUACGAGGGGCUUCAAUGGUGGCAUUAUAAAUGAAGAUACCUUGAAGUCACUGGGCUAUAAAAGGGACCUCCUCUUUCCAUUGUCUCUGUUGCUUCUGAAUACCCGCCCUGUUGGCAGACAGGAUACUGUACAGUUUUUUAUUACUGUCGUGCUCUUGGCUGACCUUUUUGUCACUAUCCUUAUGCUAUUUCUGUUCUACUGGAUAUCUCUUGGAGCUUUCCUUGCAGUACUUCUUAUCCUUCCUCUAUCAUUGCUCUCUCCAUUUCCAGCAGGCUUGAAUGCCUUGUUCACUAAUGGGCCUAAGAGGGCUUCACUUGCUCGUGUUUAUGCCUUGUGGAAUGCUAGCUCGAUUACGAACAUCCUUGUGGCAUUUAUUUGCGGCAUGAUUCAUUAUGUGAUUAUCUCGGUGCAUUCACUGGAAAAGGCAAAUAUUUGGCAUUCAAAGGAAGACGAGAAAUGGUGGUUUUUGCCGACGAUUCUGGUAUUAUUGAAAGCAGUUCAAGCUCGAUUUGUUGAUUGGAACAUAGCGAAUUUAGAAGUGAAAGACUUAUCUGUCUUCAGUCCCGAUCCUGAUACCUUUUGGGCCUAUGAAUCCGUCUCUUGACAUUGACAUCAUACAAAUGAUAAUUGGAUCGAUCGAUCAUCUUAUUGCAGCCAACUGCUUUUUGUAUAAACCGUGUACAUAUAUAUAUAAUUCCUAUAGAACGACUUAUUGGUCUUUUGUGUACAGAUUCACCUUUGCAGUUGAUAUUAAAUAGAUUGAGAUUAGCGAGAGACGUUUUUUGAGAAGGCAGGUGGAUGAGUGUAAUUUUGUUGACUUAACGGACGAAUUGAUGCAGUUUUAAGCCCCUUAAUUUUAUUCUUUAUAUUAUCUUUGGUUAGCUUGGCCAAGUAUGAA